GCUACAUACAGAUUCAUUGUCUGGAAUAAUUGACCUGAAAACAAGCAGAGGGACAUCCGAGCUGUAGAAAAUGCUCCGUUUUCUCUGCUGUUGCUGCUUCUCAGUUGAAGACUUCGACGAAGAGAGGGAGCCUCUCCUGCAGCCUGGACCACCUGACCUGGACGCACCUGGAUCAGCGAGGCGGACCCGGCCAGCACACAUUGAUGCACAGACUGUGAAGCGGAUCGGCAGGCUGGUGAUGAGGCGGGUGGGUGUGCCAGAGUUGGACCAGAGGUUUUCCGACAUGGCCUUGACCUUCAAUGAACAGCAGGAGCGCUAUGAAGGCAUGGUCCGACAUAUCAGAAACCUUCGACAAACCUACGGCUGCAACUAUGACGACAGCCUGGCUUUAACAGAGUGUGUGGGGAGGAUCAGAGAUGAGCAUGAGGCCAAGCACAGGGUCUCCCUACAGAUUAAGGGCUAUGAUUUCUCCCUCAACAUCAGUCCUGUGCAAUCAGAGGAGGAAAGUGAAGAGGACCCUGUGCCUCCACAUCUGCGUUUAGCUCAGGAUGAACUGAAGGGCACGUCUGAGGGUGCCAAGGCCACCAUCUCAAAGGGCACCACGCUUCAGGAGAUGAUUGGUUGGCUACUACGUAGCAAGGAUCAAAUGGCACAGCAAGUGAAAGGGGCGGCAGCGACCUACCAGGAAGAGGGGAGACUGACGGAGAACCUGGAAGAGAACAUUAAGGAAGUGAGGAGGGCGAAGGAGCUGUCGCUGGGAUACAGACAACGUGCCGGGGAAGUCCUCACUGAGGCUGCAGAGAUAGCAGGGGCUUAUUUGUAGUGCAUGCUGACUUUGAGCAAAAUGCUUAACCCAGUGCUUACAGCUAGGGGUCGACGGAUACUGGUUUCUCAGGGCCGAUACGGAUACGAGUAGUUUAUGAGACCGAGAGCCGAUAUUUGGAGCUGAUAUUCAUUUAUUACAACGUACAAAAUUUUCUUCAUGUGGCGAAGUAAAAAUGCAUUUUAGGAAAACAAAACAGUUUAGACUCAGCUCUAUCAGCAUGGGAAACAGUUGCCGUUUCUAAAAGUCCAGAACCUUCCUCUGUAGGAGGGGAUCCUUCUGAGUCGGGGCAGGCAAGGCAAGAGUACUCCCUGGCAACUGUUAUACACACAUUUGGAUUACGUCAUUGGAAUGGUUGCGCCACUAUACAUGGCAGCAGCAGAAAUCAGAAUGGAGACGGUACUGACAACAGUGUUAUACAACUUUUACCCAGCGCCAUCUAGUAUGCUAUUAUAUCAUCAUAUCAUAUUCUAUGCCAGUGCUUGUACCCAUCCAGCUUUAUUCUGAUACCAUAAAAUUAUAAUGGUAGCAUAUUUAUGAUGGAAACUAAUACUUACACUUUUGAGUAGUUAAGGACCUGGCUUCUUCCUGAUGUUACACUAAAUUAAAUUUAAAAAAAUUGGAUGAGAAAGUUAGAUGUGCACAUUGGAUUGUGGGUAAUUCCUGCAAGCAGAGGAAAUGUGCAUCCUGGAAAAUUCUCUGUUUGAAGGACUCAGUCCUUUGAAGACCUUUAAGGAUCCUCGAUGUUGGAACAACAGUAGUUAAUGACAUAGCAUCCUUCAAAAACUGCCAUUCUAGGAUCCUUCCUUGGCUUUGAGAAACAGCAGAAAAGAGCAGGAAAACAGGAAGUGAUGCCAUGCACUUACUGUAUCAGUGGCACCCAGACUGAAGUGCUGAUUGGCUGGUACUCAUUUGACAUCCAGCGAAUCAGGCUGGGUUGUAUGCAGGACAUUUGGUGAGACUGUGUAGGGUGAAAAUAAAGCCAUAGGCUUUAUUGUUGUGGAGCCAAAGUAGCACACUUUUCAAUUAUAUUGAUCAGCAAUCAUUAAAAUAAAAUGCAGAUACUAAUAAUUAACCAAAUGCCAAUUAUCAACCUCAGUAGCCCUCUGGAAUCAGUUGACCCCUUCUUAAAACACAUGCAAUAAACCCCAGUAGAGGUUGUGAAGAAGUAAUACUUCAUAUUCUAUUAGAUAAAACAUUACAAGUUCAGAAAAAUGUACAAAAACAAACUGAAUUUCAUUCAUCUUUUACCAAGUAACACUGCUUUGCAGGCUAUUACAGCCUCUAUUAUCAUGCUCAACACAAAUUCAAGAAGACUCACAUCGUAUCUGCCUUUCUAAAUGUUAUAUUAAAUAUUGAACAGAUUUGGAGGGACUCCUGGUGCUUAAAAUAUGUAUGAAAGUUCCUGAAUGGGUGAUUUUAAAAGCUAACACUAGGUGGCACUGCAGACUCACGCUCAUAUUCAACCAGCUGCUCUUUGAUUCAUUUCAAGAUUUAGUCCGUUUUAGUGGGUUGCAAAACAGAUUAAAAAAAAAACAGUAUUUCUUACAUAUUACUUUUAUAAAACUGUAUUCUGGUUAUUAACUGCGCAGGGUAAUACAUUUAAUUUCUAAUGCAAUAGGUUACCAAAAGGGCACAAUUUCCAUGAAGCAGGAAAGGAAAGGGAUUUUGUCUGGGGGCUUAUGUUGAAUGCAUUUUUUUAUUAUAAGUUUUAAAAGAAGUAGAUUGUGCUCUUUAUCUAGCUAUGCAUUUAUCAUCUGAUUAAAACUGCAGCUCUCCGUAAUGAGAAAGGCAAGAAACACAUGGCCAUAUGCCAUUUUGAUAAUUAAUUUUUGUAAAUCCAUUGUUUGAAGGUUAUUGUCAAGUGGUCAUGCAUUAUUCAUUCAAUGUAGGCAGUUUUAGCAAGUGCUUUGGCCUUAAGCUUUGCAGAUUAAUUUCUCAUGAAGUGUACAGGGUGUGGACUGUAAAACCUGCAAUGUGAUGUUUUUAACCUUUAGAUGAAAAUGUGGGAGAAUUAAAACCGCUGAGAAGAAUUGCCCAAAAUAAACAUAUGUAAUAAAGGCAAUUUAUCAGUUGUAUUUUUGAGUUUCAUAGAUAAAGUGUGAAAUAUUUGUCAGAGAAAUAUAUACGUGGCACAAAAAGC